CCCAUUAAAGUAUCAAAAUGUUGGUACCUUCUGACUAUACUCUGCCACCAUAAAAAACUCAACAAAGGAGAAGAUGAUCCAAUUGCAGACAGAGAGCCGCUUACGGAUCACGUACUCUUAGAACUAACCUUGUCCACCUUUGUAUUUAUUAUGGUGGCCAUUACUACUUCUCCUGGAAUCGAAUUCAGCCUUCCACUACCCCAGGUGUUAAACUAUAUUCUAGUUUGGUUCCAGGAAGAUAUCUUUGAGCGGAGGUCCCAAUACAAUGGAUACCGCCCAACAAAGGUAGGAACAGGUUGGACAAAAGAAAUUGAUCAAGCAUACAAUGGCAUACAAUCCCGAGGCAAAGAAUUAAACACAUUUCGCCAACAAAGGAUCAAACACCCCGGGAUCCCGUCCCGUGCAACAAAGGGUUGUGUGUAUUGGCCGCUUGUAUCUGUUACGCUAAAUCGCCCGAUUCCGGCAAUGACCGAAAUUUUGAUCCAAGCAAAGUGGGCAAACCAAAAUACCGACGACGAGUUGUAUCUCGAUUUAUUUUUGUUAUCGGCGAAGUCCUAA